CACUCUCCUGUCCGUGACUUGGUUGAUUCUCUGCUUUCCUUGCUCCCCCAUGAAAGGCAUCUUGCAGAAAGGAAGAGAAGAUGAGCAAAGUGAAAAAGUCUUGCACUGUGGGGACAAAAGAAGCUUUUGCCCUCCUUUUCAAACAGCUCACCACAUUCUCCUCCCAUCUUUUUCCCAUUUUCCUUUGGCACAACACAUUCUGAUUACUUUACUAGACCCCAUGCAAUUGUCUCGAUGACUUUUGUCCCUCUUUGCCUCUCUUUGAAAAGCACAACCUAAUUCUUCCUCUCUUCCUUCCACACACACACACACACACAAACCCACACACAGCAGCAGCAAGCAGCACAGUUUCUCAGAAAUGGUGAAAGCAGGGGGCAUUUUCGUGUGCAUCCUGAUCAUAGGCCUGGAUAUUGCAGCCGGUAUUCUUGGCCUGGAAGCUGAGGUUGAGCAAAACAAGUGUUCGUGGUGGUCAGGAGAAGCACCUGAGGCUGUGGAUAUUCGAGUGCAAGGAGCCGAGCCCAGAGGCGUUCAAGCUCGGUUUAGGCGCGGCAGCGUUCCUCGGCUUAGCCCAUGUCCUCGCCAAUCUGCUCGGUGGCUGCUACAACUGCAUUUGCUCCCAGGACGACCUCCAAAAGGCCUCCCCCAAUCGCCAACUCACCAUGGCCUGCCUCGUCUUCACCUGGAUCAUACUGGCGGUCGGGCUAUCCAUGUUGGUCGUCGGGACACUGUCGAACCACAAGUCGCGAGCCUCCUGCGGCUUCACGCACCACCACUUCCUCUCCAUCGGAGGCAUCCUUUGCUUCGUCCACGGCCUCUUCUGCGUCGCUUACUACGUUUCCGCCACCGCCACUGAAGGCUAAUGAAGAGGUGGGUCGUGAGUCCUGAUAACUUGGUCUUCAGGUGGUUUGACUAAUGUUGUUCUGUUCCCCAAUGUCGCACUUCCUGAUGUUUUGAGCAAUGCAUAUGGAGGUAGAUGACUGAUCUAUGUACUGGUAGAAUCUUUAUGAAGACAGGGACUUCUAUCGUACUAUACGAUGCACUCGUUUUGCUUUUUCUUAGCGACGAAUGAUUCGUUCAUCGGAAUGUAUUACGGACUCUGUUAUUCUCGAAA